AUGAUUGUAAAUGUGUCAAUCGAUACAAUCAUCUUCAAAUCAGAUUUCAGCAUACAACAAUUUUCAUUCCAAUUCAUGUUAAAUGUUGGAAAUACGAUGCAGGAAGACUUUGGUUUUUUAAAUGUUAAUAAUUGUUAUGCAGAAAAGACGGCAGCAUCUAACUCACGAGAUUCAAUUGACCUAGAGUCAUCGACAUCAUCGAUUUUCAAUAAAAAUACGACUAAAAUUAAACUAGAAGAUUCGCCUGAUAUCAACAAGUGGUCGUUUAACUAUGGAACUAAUUUUUUAAGAACCUCCGACGAUCCCUUGAUCUCCAGUGUAAAUAACGGAUGUGAUCAAGUCGAUAAUGAGCUACUGCGGAGAGACUCUACAUGCACCGAGACAACGUCAACAUUAUUCGAUAACAUGAAUAAUACAACGAAAAGUAGAAAAAUGGAAAGUACAGAAAUCACAACGCACGUGAAAAGAGUAACGACACGAACAAGACGAAAAGGUCCUCUAAAACUUCGAUUUCAUCAUCAAGCACUUCCGCCUGAAUAUUUAAAUCAUUAUGAAUCACAACAGCAGCAGCAACAGCUGAAUGAAAAUUUACGACAAAAGCAACAGCAGAAUCAUCCUCAACAACAACAACAACAGCAGCAAAAUGUGACGAAGAAGACACACACAAAAACAUCGACGCCGCAAAUGCCGAAACCACCUGUUGCUGUGCCAUUCGAAAAAGCCAAAAUUGAGGAUGUAAAGAAAAAUAAUGAAAGCAUCAUAAGUUGGUUACAAAAUGUUUUAGAGAUGCAACAUACAAAGGAAACAAAGUCAGUGCCAAAGACGCGUACGAUUCCAAUUGAACUAAUACCAACACCAGCACCAGCACCGACAUCAUCAAGAACCCAAUGUCUAAGUGAUUUGCCAUACAUGGGUGAGAUGACAUUGGAAAAUAUGAAACCACGACGAGGACGUAAACCAAAGAAAGCUGACAUUUGUCAUCUGAUUUAUAAGAAUUAUGGUACAGUAAUUCCUGGAAGUAAUCCUACCAACUCAUCUGUAUCAGCUACGACAUCGGUAACUGAGAAGAAAUCGAGUGAAACAAAGAAGAAAAGCGCAACAGUUGCAGUGAAAAAAUCAACAGUUGUAAAAACUGUUAAGGAGACUAAAACUUCACAGCAUGAGCCACUGAACUUGUGCAUCAGAGAAAAGAGAGAAGAUUCAUCAAUUUUAAUUAGUGAUGAUAAUGAGAGUAAUGACUUUCCAAUGCCACUAUCUAGUGCCUUCAAACCAAUCGUAGAUCCAUGUGAAAAUAGCAGCAUUGACUUAGAAUUUUCAUCAACAAUUCCAUCACUAAUAUCACCACUAGAUCUAUCAAAUGAUUUACCGUCCACAAAAUCCCCACGACCACCUUCAGCAAGUUCAACAUCAACACCUGUUAGUCCUGGUUAUGUCUACUGGCCCAAUGCUGGAUUAUUUAUUCAUCCGAUGGCAUUUUAUUAUCAGAAAAUGAUGAAUAAGAAUAAGCUUAAUCAUGAUUCGUCAGCAUCAUCAUCAUCAUCAUCCCUAUCAUCAAUGAUGAAUCAGGAAUCAUCAACAUUAUGGGAUCAAAACUUAUCGCCAAGUUCAAUAGACAUGAAAGUUCAUGAUUUUGAGAUAAAAAGUGAGGAAGGUCUGAAUAGUCCGCCUGUGUUGUCAGAGAUGCUUAAGAAUACGACACUAGAUUCAAACAAAGAGACUCAGUCAUGUAAUCCAAGUCAGAAACGCAAACGAUCAGCAAUUUUCAUACCUCCAGUACAAAGUGACAACCCAACAAGUCCCACAAAUGAAGUCAGCAUUUGUAAAUUUAAAUUUACUGGCGGUGCCAAACCGAGUCUACAAGAAAAGAAAAUCCUCUCAGUCGAUUCUGGUGGAAAUUUUCGGUACUAUUCAGGAACGGGAGAUAAAAAUAUGCGAGGUUAUGAAUUCUUUCCACGUGAGAGUUUAAUGCAGAGUAGCUUACAAUCCUCAUCACAUACAAAUGCAUUUCUUAAUGCUGAAAGUGAGAAGAUUCCAAUUGAACUUUUGCCUCCAAUUUCUAGUGACUUGAAUGCUAAGCUCCUAAAUUUAAAUCCAGAACUUGCAGAAUCACCGAAUUCAAAUUUUUUCCCGCCUCAAGAUAUUGAAAAGUCUGAUAAUGAUCGACUACACAGGAAGAAGAAGUCAUCAAAUCGCACGACGCAGCGUGCAAAACUUGAAAAGACAUUUAAGGAAAAAGGAUUUCUCAUUCAGACCCAGCAACUUGAAUCUGCUGAAGGUGCAACUUACUGUAAAUUUAGACAACUGAAAAAAUUCACUCGAUAUCUAUUUAGAAGCUGGAAAGACUAUUUACCAGCUGAAGAUGGAGUUCCAAUACCUGCCGACUGUCAGACAUAUCCGAAUAACUUCAAUCAUCAUGAAAACAAUAACAAUACUACUAGUAAUAAUGACAAUAAUAAAGAUUCUUCACCAUAA